CCUCUCAUUCAUUACAUCUUUUUCUUUUUUCUUCCUUAUCCCUUUGAAAGUGUACCUAUUUGAAUGUCUUCUCUCUUCUUCUUCUCCUUCUCUUUCUCUUGGGACCCUUUGGUGAAUUGAACAACAAUCAAGAACAACCAAUUUUAGACCUUUAUAUAUUACAUACAUAUCUUUGAUUUGUUAGUUGUUGACCUGAAUGCCAGAAAGCAUGAGUAUAUCAGUGAAUGGACAAUCUCAAGUUCCACCUGGAUUCAGGUUCCAUCCAACUGAGGAAGAACUCCUUCAAUACUACUUAAGGAAGAAGGUCUCUUAUGAGAAGAUUGAUCUUGAUGUUAUUCGUGACGUUGAUCUCAACAAGCUUGAACCAUGGGACAUACAAGAGAAAUGUAAGAUAGGAACCACCCCACAAAAUGAUUGGUACUUCUUCAGCCACAAAGACAAGAAGUACCCGACCGGAACCCGGACGAAUAGAGCGACCGCGGCCGGGUUCUGGAAGGCCACCGGCCGCGACAAGGUGAUAUACAGCAACGGGAAGAGGAUUGGAAUGAGGAAGACGUUGGUAUUCUACAAAGGAAGAGCCCCUCAUGGCCAAAAAUCUGAUUGGAUCAUGCAUGAGUAUAGGCUUGAUGAUAACACCACCAACGAUGCCAAUAUUGUUUCAAAUGUGAUGGGAGAUGCAGCACAAGAAGAAGGGUGGGUGGUGUGUAGAAUAUUCAAGAAGAAGAACCAUCUAAAAACCCUAGAUAGUCCUUUAACCUCCUCCAUCUCCGGCGACGGAGGUAGGAGGAGCCACCACCACCACCACCUAUUCGACUCGUGCGACGAGGGCGCCUUAGAGCAAAUUCUCCAACAAAUGGGAAGAGGUGGUGGUGGUGGUGGUUGCAAGGAAGAGAUCAACAACUAUGAUCAAUCUAAUAACAACAACAACAACAACUAUGGUGGAUCAUCAUCGUUAACAACAAGGUAUGCAAGACCUUUUGACACAAUCAACAACAAUGUUGAUAGCAGGUUCUUGAAGCUCCCAAGCCUAGAGAGUCCAAAAUCAACAAGCAUGGAUCAUAAUAAUAAUAACAACAACAAUGAUAAUGAUGAUAGCAAUGAAAAUAAUGGGUACCAUCCUAUUAUUCCAGUUGAGAUGGUAACUGAAAAUGAAGGGUCAUUCACAUGUGACAAUCCCAACAACAUGUUUCAUCAUCACCAUUUGGGUGGUGGCGGCGGCGGCAGCGACGGCGGUGGAGGUCUUACAAAUUGGGUAGCGCUAGAUAGGCUUGUUGCUUCUCAGCUUAACGGUCAGACCGAAGCUUCUAGACAACUCUCUUGCUUCAAUGACCCCACCAUGGGGUAUGGCACUGGAAAUCAUGAUCUUCUAUUUCCAGCCGUCAGAUCUACUUCAUCGUUGACGUCAUCGUCAGCGUCAAUAAAUCCAAGGGCUGUUAUUAGUGCGGGUGCAGGUGCAUACAUUUCUCCAGGCGCACAGGAUUAUACCACCACAAGCGAGAUUGACCUGUGGAACUUUGCUAGAUCCACUUCUUCGUUGUUGUCAUCCUCUGAGCCAUUGUGCCACGUGUCAAACACGUCAGUGUAGCCACAAUAAUAAAAUCAAAUUAAAAAAAAAAAAAAACACGCUACACUUAUUUUUACUACUUCACCUCUUUCCUCCCAUGUUCGAUUGUUAAAAAGUAUAGGGAAAAUAAUUUAGUCUUUGAUCAUAUCAUCAUGUUUAGUUAAUUUUCCUCUUGAUGAGUCAGAGGAUUAUUAUUAUUAUUAUUAUUGCAUACUGUUAAAUGUGAUGAUGUUACUACUAUAGUAUACACGGUACUUUUUUUUUAUAAUUUUAAAAUUGGGUUUGAAUCUUGUUAUUGGUAAUGAUAGGACAUGUGUAAGUAUGUAAUAGUAAUAGUUUGUAUGUAGUAUUAUUA